UGAUGAUGUCACUUACAGCAUGGCCGCCCUCAGUAUUGCAAGGCGUUUAGUAAAGUCUUACUCUUGCGUUAAAUGUAUAGACAAAAAUGUGCACUCGCGUUUACAGACCACAACACGAAUGUUUUGUGUAUCAGCAGCAUCUCGCAGCAGCUCCGUGGAUGUGCCCAAGGCUCAGUUCACAGAUACAGAGGUUCAAGACAUUCUGAGCAAAAUCACGGGUCUGGAUCUGCAGAAAGUGUUUCGACCCAUAAGACAGAAGCUAACGCCACCUCAAUACAAGCUCAUGACAGACUCAGAUUUAGAGGAGGCUGUGUUGAAAGCAGAGGAACAGGCAAAACAUUUGCUGAAGAUGCCCCCGGUCCUGCCUGAGAGGAAGCCCAUAGACGAGGUGCUUUCUGAAGAUCCGAUGCUAGAAGGCAUGGACACUGCCAAAUACGUGUUCACAGACAUCAACUUUAACGUUCCGCAUCGAGAAAGGUUCAUAGUUGUGAGACAGCCCAGUGGAACCCUGAGAAAAGCAUCAUGGAACGAAAGAGACCGGAUAAUGCAAGUCUAUUUCCCCAAAGAGGGUCGCAAGGUCACACCUCCAGCCAUCUUUAAAGAAGAAAACCUCAGGGUGGCAUUUGACCAGGAUAAACACGAGGAUGUGUUAAACCACUGCGUUGCCCAAUUUGAGCCAGACUCUGCAGAAUUUAAAAAUGUGCUAAUGCUGACCUACGAGGACAUUGAAAAGCAUGGGAAAUACGACAUGCUCAGAUCCACACGGUUCUUCGGUGGUCUGGCCUGGCAUCUGGCUAACGGACAGCGGAUCGAUGGCCUUCUGGUGGACAUGUUGCAGAGAGACCUAAUGCUGGAUGCGGUGAGGUUGGUGCGUCUGCUUCAUCUGGUUCAUCCUCAGUGUGAGUCUGCGCAGGACGCUCGAAGACAACAGGCCACACACCUCGACCUUCUGAAGAUCUACGCCCAGCACGAGUCGAACAGAGCCGGGUUCAUCGAGCUGGCCGUGCAGAACUACGAGCAGACUAAAGCACUUAGCGCUGCUUAAACGCAUCAAAGUGUGAAAUUCUGGAAAAACAACAUUUAACAUGAAUGGAAGUGUCUGUCAUAUUGUUUCAAAUGUUCAUGUCAAGUUUUGAAACCUACUCAUUCUGUACAUAAUAAAGAAAUCUUUGUGUAGAA